AUGACUGAAUUGGCAAAAGUGCAACAGUCCCGUGAGUGCAAAGUUCCAGCAGCAAUUCUGGCCGUUGGCACAGCCAACCCUUCGAACUGCAUCAAUCAGGAAGACUAUCCUGAAUUUUUGUUUCGCGUCACCAACACCCACCAUUUGACCAAUGUAAAGGAGAAGUUCGUCCGCAUUUGUGAGAAAUCUGCAAUAAAGAAGCGAUAUUUUCACUUGAACGAGGAAAUUCUCAAGCAAAACCCAGCUUUAUGCUCUUACGGUGCCGCAUCACUAGACCCACGUCAAGAUUUGACGAUCGAAAUGAUCCCGAAGCUCGGCAUGGAAGCCGCCACGAAGGCCAUUGAAGAAUGGGGCCAAUCGAAAUCGACGAUCACGCACCUAAUCUUCUGCUCCCUUUCCGGAGUGGACACGCCCGGCGCGGACCUACGACUCCUCAAGAUGCUCGGCCUCCGACCUUCGGUCAACCAGGUCAUGCUAUACAACCUAGGCUGCUAUGCCGGAGGAACCGUCCUCCGAAUUGCCAAGGACACUGCCGAGAACAACCCCGGGGCUCGGGUGCUCGCGGUUUGCGUCGAGUCGACCAUCGCCUCGUUUCGAGCUCCCUCUGAGGAUGAUCCAGUUUACUUAGUUAGUAAAGCGCUCUUUGGUGACGGGGCAGCAGCUAUGAUUAUCGGUACUGCUCUGCCGAAUGCGACCAUUGAACGGCCAAUCUUCCAAAUCAUCUCCUCCUCGCAGUCGGUGUUGCCGGACUCUGACAGGGCGAUUGAAGGCCAUCAUCGCAAGGUCGGUCUCACCAUGUGGAUAUCGGAGAAGGUGCCGGCAUAUAUUGCCACCGACCUGGAGGAGAUUUUGGUGGAAGCUUUCGGCUCGAUUAAUGUCACGGAUCAGAACAUCAUUUUCUGGGCCGUAGAUCCCGGAGGUAGGAGGAUUCUUGACUGCAUAGAAGCAAGAUUUGCAUUGGGGAAAGAGAAACUAAGAGCUUCGAGGCACGUGUUGGAAGAGUUUGGGAACAUGGUCAGCGCCUGUGUCUUCUUUAUUCUGGACGAGAUGAGGAGAAAGUCGAUCGAGGAACGGAAGGCCACGAUGGGGGAGGGGAUGGAGCUGGGGGUGCUAUUAGGGUUCGGCCCCGGCCUCACCGUCGAGACGGUCGUUUUACGGAGUGUGCCCAUCGUCACCGGGUGAAAUCGGGACAAGCACAGGCCUA